AUGGGGAAAAGGGGUUCGGGAUCCAAACCGGCUCCUGUGUCGCCCGCACUGCAAGCUUUGGUAGACAGAGCCAAGCAUCUGCAUGCGAAGCCAACAAAGCCAGCUGCAGAGACGGCUCGCACAAACGGCCCUAUCGCAACGCCGGCUCGCUCGAAAGUGAAGGUGCCGGAAAUGAAAGAUGAGGAGCCCCCGGCGGCCCCGAUGGAUGUGGAUGCUCCCGCAGCUGCUAACAGCAAGCCGAGCCCGAUGAGCACAGCCAGCACCCCGCACAAGUCCCCGGAUUUGAAACGAAUGAAGCCGUGUGUGAGUUCGGAGAGCCUCCCCAGCUCAGUUCCAAGCCUCCCGAGCUUCAGUGGCAGCAGUCGCAAGCCGCACCACUCUGAUUCGGCGACAACUCUCAGUUUGACGGGCUACUUCGACAACAUGAAGCUGGGUGGGCAAGGCCUGGCAUGGGUCCGUUUAGACAAUGUGUGCUUGAAUGAGGAGGACACGAUCAAGCAGGCUGGCACGAGGGGAAGCAAGAUCUACUGCAGCACCAAGUGUCUUAUGAAGGCUCUGACGGCGAUGGUGGAUGAAGACAAGGCAGCACAACGAAGCCACACGGCGGACACCUUGGAUGAGAUUGUUGCAACACUGCAAGAAAGCGAAACUCUAGACUCAGGUGCAGAAAGCAUGCCAACUUUAGACCCAGUUCGUGCCGAACCUCCCGCAGCAACUCCGGUAGUGCCCUCGACAGCCCUUGCAGAACUCCCAGCAUCAAAGCCACUUCCUUUGGAAGCCCACGCAGAAGUCCCAGCAUCAGAGCCACUUCCUACAGAAGCCCAGGCAGAAGUCCCAGCAUCAGAGCCACUUCCUACAGAAGCCCAGGCAGAAGUCCCAGCAUCACAGCCACUUCCUAUGGAUGCCCAGGCAGAAGUCCCAGCAUCACAGCCACUUCCUAUGGAUGCCCAGGCAGAAGUCCCAGCAUCACAGCCACUGGAAACAGAGCAACAAGCCGACCAAAGAGUGCAACUGGAGCAUGAUCUCGAACGGCUCAUGGUUUUUGAAGAAGCCACAGCAGCAACGCAGCGAGCAGAGCAAGCAGAGAGCAUGCAGGUUGCCGUGAACAAGCUUGUCAUGGCCAUGCUGAAAAGGGGAAGCAUUGAUGCAAACAAGUCUGCCAGGAUCCAGGCAGUGCUCGGACGACGUGAUUCGCUCGAGGAUAUCGAGAGUCUCGCAAGCGAGUUGGAGCAGCAAGUUGCUUCGGACUCCCAGUUGGUUUGUCCUGACCCGGCAGCAGGCUCGCACCAGGCGCCGCCGCCAGCAAUCGCGACCCCGACAGUCAAGGAGGAGCCCGUGAAAGAAGACCCAGCCCCGACAGUCCCGAAGAGUGCAGUGAAGGAAGAAGCUCCCAGCCUGCCCCCGACAGAGCCGAAGAGUGCAGUGAAGGAAGAAGCCCAAGCCCCCGCCCACACGAGCAGUGCAGAGGCAAAGGCGAAGCCACCAUCCAAAGCAGGGCCAAAGGGAGACAAGGAAAAGACCCCCGAGGAGAUUAUCGCUGAGUUUGAGGAACAGGAGACUAAGAGGCUGGCACACAACAGCUAUGUGAGGUAUGGCCGCAGCAACAAUUGCCCGCCCGAGAUCUACAGCAAGGUCUUCCAUCCCGGUGGGAAGUCACGUGCUAUGGCCGCCUCAGCUGAUAGUGGAACGAAGAUUAUGCGGCAUUUCUACGAAAUGUAUGUGUCCGCCAAUGAAAAUUGGCUCCAGUCCUCCGUCAUGGUCAACAUCCGGCAUGGGGAAGACAUCGCCAACGGGAUGGCCUUGAACAAGAAAAAGGAAGACCCCACGGGCUCGGGGACAUGGUGGAUGAAGCAUCCGGAUGUGGAUAAGAAGGAGUGGGAGCUGUUUCGGGUCUUUGACUCGAAGGUCGAGUUGAAGGAGGAUGAAGAAGAAGUGGACUUCAGCCUUGGGUUCGAGAUGAACUUGGAUGGAGAAGGAACGAAGUCCGAGUGCAUGAAGGGCCCGUCGCUGGUCGCUGAGCCUGGGAAGCCGGCUUUGACAAAUCCGGCUCCGGCUCCGAAAGGUGCCGGAGGCGAUUCCAAUGGUUUGCCCCCGCCGCCCCCGCCGAAACCAACAAAGACCCCGAAGCAAAAGACAGCAUCCCAGCAAGCUUCCGAACUUGUGAAAAAGGGUGCUGUCAAAAUCACAGAAGCCGACGGCCUCAAGAUGAUGCUGCAGAAGAAUGGUGUGGGCGACGCUUUCGCUGAUGCACUCAUCAAAGACAUGGCCCCGGCGAUUGGGUCUAUGAAGGAUGCCUACAAAGAUCUUCAGCAAGCCAUGACCCAAGGCGGCGGAGACGACGAUCUUCUGCCAUUGGUUGCUGCUAUGAUCCAAGCAUUCACGAGCUACGAUGAGAAGUACAAGUCUGUGAAAAAAGCCUGCCCUUCCAAGGCGAAGCCAAAGGCCAAGUCGCAGAGUGCUCCCGAGUCCGAGCCGCCGAAGGUGUAA